CACUCGCUCAGCAAUCUCACGUGCAAACUCUGUAGACAAUGUUUUGAGAAAGAAAGCAAGAAAAAAGACUCUCCUUUUUUUCUCUCCUCUUCUCUAUAAAUGAGUGUGGUUUCAGCUGGUUCUUAUACUUAUAUAUAUGUGAUCCAAAAAAAAAACUCUUUAACUUUUCGAUCAUCAUCAUCAUUCUUCACUUAUAAUUCCCUUUUCAAGUAAACUUUAAUUUAUUCUUCUCUACAUCAUCAUCAUCGGAGAGAGAAAAGAUGGCGUUAGAAGUGUUUCCACAAGAACUUUUUGGGUAUGGGUUUAAAGAUUUAUAUAAUUUGUUAGGUGGUGGAGGAGGAGGAGGAAAUAGUAAUUUUCUUAGUUAUGAUUAUGGUGUUGAAGAAGAUAGUAAACAAGAAGUUAUCGUCAGUGGUAGUGGUGGAGGUGGUGGUGGUGGUGGUGAAAUCAUUAAUCAUCAUCAUAAUAAACAAGAAGCAGCAGAUACUAAUUGGGAUAUCUCAUCAUCAAGCAGUUUGGUGAGAAAUGUCAAGGAAUUACAAGAAACAAAUUCAUCAUCAGAGAUUGUGAAUGGAGAUGGUAGUUUUUUAGGGUUUUCUUCACAACAAAUUAGUGAAGAUCCAGUUAGUAUUUCUACUGCUGCUGCUGCUACUACUGAUUCAUCAGCAUCUGGCCGUAGGAAGAGAAGAAGAGCAAAGAGUAAUAAAAACAAGGAAGAAGUUGAGAAUCAAAGAAUGACACACAUUGCUGUUGAACGUAACAGGCGUCGACAAAUGAAUGAAUAUCUUGCUGUUCUUAGAUCUUUGAUGCCUCCUUCUUAUGUUCAAAGGGGUGAUCAAGCAUCAAUAAUAGGGGGUGCAAUAAAUUUUGUGAAGGAAUUAGAGCAACUUCUUCAAUCACUAGAAUCUCAAAAACAAGCAUUCAAGAAAUCGUCAUCAGCAUCUGCAUCCCCAUCCCUCGAAGAUGCCAACAACACGAGUAAUGCUGGUGUCACCAUCCCCUUCGCCGACUUCUUUACAUACCCGCAGUACUCUUCCCAUUCAUCCUCAAAUCAAUCCAGCAAUAUCAACUCAGCAGGGAUGGGAGCAAGUAACAGUAGUGAUUCAUUAUCUGAGAAUCAUCCUCGGUACGGUCCUAUUGCGGAUAUUGAAGUAACAAUGGUAGAAAGUCAUGCCAACCUUAAAAUACUUACAAAGAGAAGACCUAAACAGUUGUUGAAAAUGGCAUCAGGGUUUCAAACCUUAAGACUUAGUAUCCUUCAUCUCAAUGUUACUACAACUGUUGAUCAAUUGGUUCUCUACUCUCUUAGUGUCAAGGUUGAAGAAGAUUGUCAACUGACAUCAGUAGAUGAAAUUGCUACCGCUGUUUAUCAAAUGCUAGGAACGAUUCAAGAUGAAACUUGCAGACUGAGUUGAUGGAUGGAUUAAUAAUAACCCCGAUUUGGAUUAUGAAUAUAUAUAAGAGGGUCCUCCCUCAAUCGAUCUGUAUUAGGAAUUUAUUUUAUCUCUAAUUAUUAGAUCUUAGAUAAGUUUUGUACUUAGAAAUCAAUGGCUUCCUUCUCAUAACUGUAUCAUUAUGUUGAAAACUAUCUUGUAGUUGUAAACGUGUUACCACUACUUGAAAUUCUUGAUGGAAGUUUUUAUUCAGAUUUUUGUUUACAUAAUGAGAUUAUGUCCAUCUUUUUCGUUUA